ACUACUUACGAUCGAGAGGAGGGGGAACUGAACGCUCAACGUACUCAACGUGUUUAAAAUUUUCCUAUUUCCAGCAAUCCGUUGAACUGCUUUACAUUUUCUUAAUCAAAUAAAACGCGAGAAAUGUUUCGUCAAGUUAUACCGCGUUUUGUUGACACUGUUAAGACGGUGGCGAGUCGCAGGCAAAUGUGCAACAUACCUGAGAGCACGAAGAUAGAAAAGACGAUUAAUCAAGUGACUCUGUUGGGAAGAGUGGGCGCAGAACCCCAGAAAAGAGGCAACGACGAGCAUCCAGUGGUCAUAUUCUCUUUAGCCACUCAUAACAAUUACAAAUACACAAAUGGGGAUUUUGUUCAAAGGACGGACUGGCACAAGGUCUGUGUAUUCAAACCGAAUCUCAGGGACAAUGUGUACAAUUAUCUGAAAAAGGGUCAGAGGGUAUUAGUCUCAGGUAAAAUCAGUUACGGAGAGUUUAAGGACGAGGAAGGGAACACGAGGCCCAGUACAGCGGUGAUUGCCGACGACAUCGUGUUCUUCCAGCACCAGUGAACUUGUAUUUAAGGUUUAGAAUUAGACAUAUCUUUUGUACACAGGAAAAUUGAAUGAAAAUCGCAAACGUA